CGUGCAAUUAUUGGCCGAGACUCUUUGUGUCGCUGUGUACCAAUGAGGUACUCAUAUACUGCCACAGAUCCAUCACUCCUCCCCUUAUACCGCGCACGGCGAAGAACCGGAAAGAGAGAUUUAGUGUUUACAUUCAUAUCUAACAGCCAUGUUUCCCCAAAUAAUCUUUCUCAACUACUAGAAGAGGAUAUCAAGUAUCCACCACUACAUUUUCGAUCUUACGCUGCAUACAGGUGGUUGCCGCAAUCUCUCCGUUUGGUUUCCCACAGCACUCCGAAUGCGAGGACUAAUUCAGACAGAGAAUGCUAACGUGGUCUUUUAUUUUCCUGCUUUGUAUCUGCAAAGAUGUCUCUGGACAGAUCCGUUAUUCAAUUCUUGAAGAGUUGGAGCCCGGGGCCUUUGUUGGGAAUGUCGCCAAGGAUUUAGGUUUAGACGUGAAGGAUUUAGCUAAUCGCAAACCCCGAAUAAUGUCUGAGGCCAAUGAGUGGUAUUUUAAGGUAAAUUUUGAUAACGGUGAUCUGUGUGUAAAUGUUAAGAUAGAUAGAGAGAAAGUCUGUGGACAGAGCAGUAAGUGCGUUCUGAGUAAUGAGAUUAUGGUUGAUAAUCCCCUGGAGUUAAUAAGCGCCGAAAUCGAGAUAUUGGAUAUAAAUGAUAAUUCCCCCAGUUUCUCGAAUGAGGAGCUGCGUUUGGACAUCGUGGAGUCUGUGGCACCGGGAACGAGCUUCCUGCUCCCGAGCGCGCACGAUCCCGACGUGGGCAUCAACUCCAUCAGCACUUACCAUCUGACUACCAAUCAACAUUUCGCUUUAGAAGUCAAGAAUAGCAGCGACGGCAGUAUAACUGCAGUCUUGGUGCUGACUAAGUCUUUGGACAGAGAGGAGCAAGCAACUCAUCGAUUACUUCUGACAGCCUUUGACGGCGGAACUCCCGUGAGAUCAGGCACGGCUAAAAUCACCAUCAAUGUCCUUGAUGUCGACGAUAAUUGGCCGGUAUUCGACCAAGCAGUAUACAAAGUAAAGUUACCAGAAAACGUUCCAAUCGGUACAUUAGUUAUAAAACUCAACGCCACCGAUUUGGACGAGGGUUCCAAUGGCGACAUAAACUAUUUCUUUAGCAGCAGUACCCCGGCUAGAGUGCGUGAUCUUUUUAGUCUGGGCACCAAAACGGGAGAAAUGAGAAUAAAAGGAACAUUGGAUUUUGAGGAAAGCAGCUUUUACGAGAUAAACGUAGAAGCGAAGGACAGUGUUCACUUUUCACUUUGCAGAGUUAUAGUGGAGAUCAGUGACGUGAAUGAUAAUGCACCGGAAUUAACAUUAAUGUCAGUAACAAGCCCUAUUCGGGAGGAUGAGCCAAUUGCAACUUUCGUAGCCCUGAUGCGUGUGGCGGAUCGAGAUUCCGCAGCGAACGGACAGGCUCAGUGUCACAUAGCGAAAGGCCUGCCAUUUAAUCUCAAAACAUCCAAAAAGAACACAUACACGCUGGUCACCAGUCGGACACUGGACCGAGAGGUGGCUGCUCAGUAUAUGGUUGACAUUGUCUGCACUGAUACAGGGACGCCCCCGCUCUCUACCAACAAAACCAUCCUGAUUCAGAUAUCCGACGUUAAUGAUAAUGCCCCGCGUUUUGCGCAGGUUUCAUAUACAGUCUAUGUGCCUGAGAACAACGCCGCCGGUUCUUCGAUCGGUUCUGUCUCCGCUGUCGAUCCGGAUCAGUAUAAGAAUUCACACGUGACAUAUUCCAUCCUGAACAGCCAAAUACAUAACGUGCCUGUCUCCGCCUACGUUGCAAUUAACUCAGGCACGGGGGUGAUUUAUUCCCAACGCUCUUUUGAUUACGAGGAAGUAAAGAACUUUCAGGUCCACGUUCAAGCCCGGGACGCUGGAUCUCUCCCACUCGAUAGCAAUGUGACUGUGAACGUCAUCAUCCUGGAUCAGAACGAUAACGCUCCCCAGGUCAUAUCUCCCAUGACUAAGAACAACUCUGAAAUAAGGUUACCUCGCUCUGCUGACCCGGGUUACCUUGUGACCAAAGUGAUGGCUGUAGAUGCAGAUUCCGGCCAGAAUGCACGGCUGUCCUAUCAGUUGCUCCAGGCCACUGAUUCGGGCCUAUUUACCGUGGCACCUGGUUCGGGAGAAAUCAGGACAGCCCGUCCGAUGGUGGAAAAGGACGAUUACAUUCAUCAACUGGUUGUUAUGGUGAAAGACAAUGGCCACCCACCCCUUUCCACCACCGUCACUAUCAACCUAUUGAUUACAGACGGUGGUGUGGACACUCUAAGAGACCAAACAACACAGCCCCAAGACAUCCGCCAUGGUUCCAAUUUAGCUUUCUACUUAAUCAUCACUUUGGCGUCAACCUCCUCCAUUCUUCUUGUGGUUCUAAUCGUUCUCAUUGUGACCAUGUGCCAUUCUGAUAGAAGUAGAUCGUCCUGCUGCGAAUCUUCCCCUUCAUGCUGCAAUUUAAGACGGUGGGACAGGAGUAACACUUACCCAAAUUCCCAUGUAUAUCUUCAAACUGUACCUGAUUAUAAAGGAAGCCCUCACUUUGUUGAGUUAGUUGGGAAUGGGUCGCUCUCUCGAACAUACUCUUAUAAAGUUCGUCCAAAUCAGUUAUCAAAUAAGGGCGACUUCCUCUUUUUAGCCCCAUACAAUGUAGCAACAUUGCAAAAUGAUGCUGGGAAUACUGACACACUUCUGGCAGAAUGGCGAAGAGAGCUAACCAGUGACUGGAAAAAUCUGUCAAGUGAGGUGGGGCAACUGAAUACAGACUGGCAUUCUUCAGAGCCUCAUAUAGUUGGAAAGAUCAGUUCCCAGUGCUUGGAAGAAAAUCUAACCCAGGACGAAAUUAAACGAGAAUUUAACAGACGGCACACAGCUAUUACAUCAGGAGCAGAUGUGGAUUACAUUAAGGCAUCUCCAGAUCUGGAAGAUGGUAUACCUAGCUGGGCUCCCAGGUUUGCAUCACAGAAUCUUGAAACCAUGGAACCUGAUGAGUAUCAGUCUAACAUCUACAUGGGUGGCAGCCCAGUCAUGCUCUCCAGCAAGCAGGACAAAGCUGUCAAGCAGGACAGGCAACAUUCUGCCUCUUCUACGAAAAAGAAGAAGAAGCGCACCAAACGGUCAGAAAAGCGGGAAAGCAAAAGUGCCACUGAGGAGCCACAAAAUGAGUAAUGCCUCUUGUCACGGUAAUCUGAGUACUCUCAGUAUCCAAGUCAGAUCAUCAAAGUAGACACAAGGGUUCUGUAAAUUAACUUUCAAGUCACAUUUGGAAGAGAUAUUGUUGUGUGUACUCAAAUGCUAAUUUGUUGUCUUGGAUGUUUUAUAAUUUUAGUUCAAUGCUUUUAUUUAGCUUGGCUCUAUUUCUUCUGUCAGGCAACAUUCAUUUCUUAUAUGUUCAACUAUAAAUGCACGGAAGUUGAUGAUAAAAACAAGUUACAAAUGAACUAUAAAAAAGAGCAUUUUGCUAAUAUACGAAACUAAGAUGAUGGCCAUUACAAAAAUGUACUUUCAGUUUACACUCCCUUAGUGUCAUAACCUAGGGUCUGACUGCAGAACAGAUUAACCGUAUUAAGAUGAAAAAUUAUACAUGUCAUUAGUGAAUAUUGAUUAAAUCAUGAAAUAACCAGCUGGAGAAGCAAUCCAAAUUGUCUAGACUGAGUGAAAACAAACGUACACAAAAUCUGUAAUCUGUAUUAAGCAGUGAUUAUUUCCAGUGCCAACAUAAGCAGUUUUAUUCCACAGGAAUUUGAAUUUAGCAGUUCUUGAAUUAAUGCAUGUCAUGCCAAACUAAUGGCUGCAGUUUCUUCAUGUCUCAACAAAUUGAGACUUAUAUUGAAGAACAGCAUGUAUACACUGUUAUUUUUAUGGUAUUUAAACAGCUGACGACUGGAUAUAUUUUUUCUCUGUGUUCAAAGUUGAAGAAAGUAAUGUAACUAAACUGUUUUUACAUAACAUGGAAAGACUAGUGAAAGAAUUUUCUUUAAAUUUGUAAGCAGAGCAAAGUACACCACUGUAUAUCUGACAAAAUGUGGAUGAAACAAUAAACUGGCUUCAGCUACUGAUGUAACUAAGUCAGAUUGUUACUGCUUAAUAUUCAUCUGAAUUAUAUUGUGCGUUUGUGACAUCAGUAAUCACAGAGGUACAUCAUUUUCUCCAAUCACCUGCGGCAACUAUGCAUUUUUGUUGAAUUUGUACCAAAGGUGGCUUUCUUUCUCAAUGACAUCUAAUGUAAUCUUUUAUGCUUAGUCUAUUUUCAGAUGUAUUCUGUUUUUUGCAUGUUUAAGUAAACGUGACCAGGACAAUCUUUA